AUGAUGGUGAAGAGUCGGUUGGUUUUGGUUUUCUUGGUUCUGUUUGUGACGGUGGAGCAGAGUAAGGUGCUCCAGGUAGAAGCAGAUGAUGGUGGGUUUGUGAAAGCAAGAGGAGUGCAGCUUACGCUGAAUGGAAGCCCCUACUAUGCUAAUGGCUUCAAUGCCUAUUGGCUAAUGUACAUUGCUUCUGAUCCUUCUCAGAGAAACAAAGUCUCCUCAGCCUUUCAACUGGCUUCACGUCAUGGACUCAACAUAGCCAGAACUUGGGCUUUCAGUGACGGUGGCUAUAAGCCCCUACAAUACUCUCCUGGAUCCUACAAUGAGCAAGUCUUCCAGGGAUUGGAUUUCGCAAUAGCCGAAGCAAGAAAAUAUGGGAUCAAGCUGGUUCUGAGUUUGGUGAAUAACUAUGAGAACAUGGGUGGCAAGAAACAGUAUGUAGAAUGGGCAAGGAGUCAGGGACAGUCCAUAAAUUCUGAAGAUGACUUCUUCACAAAUCCUGUGGUGAAGGGAUUCUACAAAAACCACAUCAAGGCUGUUCUUACAAGACGUAAUAGCGUGACUGGAAUUGCUUACAAAGACGAUCCAACUAUAAUGGCUUGGGAACUAAUGAAUGAGAUUCGGUGUCCUUCUGAUCAAUCAGGAAAAACGGUGCAGGCUUGGAUUACUGAGAUGGCAUCUUACCUGAAAUCCGUAGAUGGAAACCACUUGCUGGAAGCAGGUUUGGAGGGUUUCUACGGCCAGUCAAAGCCACAGUCCAAUCCAAACUUCAACGUAGGAACCGAUUUCAUUGCAAACAACCAAAUCCCUGGCAUUGAUUUCGCAACAGUGCACUCCUACCCGGACCAAUGGCUAUCGAGUUCAGGAUUUGAAGAGCAAAUCUCAUUCUUGGGCCGGUGGGUGGAUGAGCACAUCCAAGAUGCACAGAACACUCUUCACAAGCCAGUUCUCUUUGCGGAGUUUGGUAUUUCCACAAAAAACUUCGGUGGCAACCCAUCACCCAGGGAUCGGUUAUUCAACACGGUAUAUUCUGCAAUAUACUCAUCCGCAAGUAGUGGCGGUGCUGCCGUUGGUGGCUUGUUUUGGCAGCUUCUAACUCAAGGUAUGGAUUCUUUUCGAGAUGGAUACGAGGUGAUCUUAGAUGAAAGCCCCUCAACCGCUACUUUGAUCGCUCAACAGUCUCAAAAACUAAACCGCAUUCGCAAGAUGUACGCCAGACUCAGAAACAUUGAGAAGUGGAAUAGGGCUAAGGAAAUUAGAGGCUCACAAUGGCAUGUUGGUGCUAACGGUGGAAACUGA